AUGACGGCGCAGCUUUUGACUUCGGAGCUGUCAACAUUGUUACAAGAAUCGAAGAGAAAGAACCCUGAGCUAAGAGCAGUACAUCUGAGAUGUCGACCUGCAUUUGUAAAACCCUUCUUGAUCGCUUGUGGUACUCGCAAUGCAAAAUAUGCAGGCAACGCCGCCGCCUGUCUCCAACGUUUGAUCGUAACCGAUGCGUUAUCUAGGGAGACGCUAGGUGAUGUCGUUGAGGCUCUUCGAGAUUGCUCCAGUCUCGCUCUUGAUAUUCAGCUCAAGGUAUUGCAAGCACUACCUUCACUGCUUCAGAAUUAUGGCGAUCAAUUGACGGGCUCUCUACUUAUUGCAACGUUUCAAGUCUGCUUCCUGUUACAUGGGAACAAGUCGGCCGUGGUGGUGAAUCUAUCUGCCGCAGCAAUACAGCAGCUUGUCGACCUCACCUUCGAAAAAGCUGUGACCAAGCCAAGUGCAUCUACAGGAGAUGGAGCGGUCGCGGAAGUAUCUAUCGGUGAUGGCACUGUCUCGAUUGGUGGCCCGCGCCUCGAUGCUUAUCGAACGUUGGACGACUUAUGUCUGAUCAAUGAUGGCCAUAAGCCAAAGUAUAUUCAAGGAGCGUCAUUAGCGCAGAACUUUGGCCUUGGAUUGGUCGAAUCAAUUCUCUCGAAGCACGCUGAUACAAUGUGGAGAGCGAAGAAAUACGCUUCAGAAAAGCCGGACGCCAUCGGCCUCGGUCACCAAUCUUCUGUACCAUCUGCGCCAACUGAUGACUCAGAUGAACAAGCUGCAAUGCAAGCUGGUGGUCUUGUAGGUAGUAUCGGCGCUGCAGUGUCCACAAUCGACAGUAAUACACCUGGAAUUUCCAGUCGUUGGAGUUGUCUUCGGACUCCGCUUCUUGAACAGCUUGACAAACAAGAACCAUCUGCUUUACCAAUGACAUACGUCUACUUCCUUGCACUGACGUGUCUUACGACUUUCGAAGACGGUCUCGCUAGAUUCCUCAUGCCGUUUACGGUACCUAGCGAAAAGAGAACGAGGAAGAAGAUUACCAAACUAGAGCCGCAGAAAUCCGACUCGAUAGAUAGCAUAAGACCUGCAGAGGAAGAGAUACCGAGGUCACGAAAGCGCAAAGCUUUCGUCAACCCAACCACUUUGCAAGAUCAUCCUUUGCGCAACGAGAUCUCCGUUGCAGCUACAAUGAUUGACCAAUGCUGGCCAGCGAUUCUAGCUGCUUCUUCCACUUUUUUCAAUGCAUCCAUGGAUUCUGAAAAUUUUCAUGUAUUGAUACGCUCAUUUCAAAAAUUCACUCAGAUAGCAGGCUUACUUGACCUUGUUACACCCAGAGAUGCGUUCCUUACGACCUUGGGCAAGCACGCACUUCCGGCCUCGAAAACCGUCAACUCUUUAAGUACACCAUCCUCAACUCCAACAAUCACUGCGGAUGGAUUUACACCAGAUCAUACUAGUGACAGCUCUCGCGAUCCUAGUCCUUCGCCCGUCAGGCCACCUGUUAAACGACAACAGACUUUGGAUGCCGCUGUGCCUACCAUUGACAGUAGGCAUUUGCUUUGCUUGCGUGCAUUACUUAAUUUAGGCAUAGCUCUCGGUCCGCUUCUGGACAAGUCAUGGAGCAUAAUAUUUGAAGUUUUACAACAAGCAGAGUUGCUCAUGUCAGCUUCCGGAACCAUGCGCCAACGGCAAACAUCCAGAUCUGGAAGUGAGAUUGUAGGCGAGCAAGCUGAGCCUGAUGAUUUAGGUCUUGAGGUCACGGCUGCUCAGACCGCAGCAUCAAGACUGUUUGAAAGCACUAACGAUCUGAGUGAUGGUGCUUUCGUCGCACAUCUGACAGGCCUUUGCGCCUUUCUACCGGAUCAGAGCAACAGCAAUGAUCAAGCAGCCUCCAAGAAUUUACUGUCUCCUAUGUCACCAAGCCCAGGCCAAAAGAAGCAUCAAAAACUCCGAAGCAUAUCAGGAACCUACAUGGAAAGCACUGCAGCAAAGCAUGACACAACCUUUGCUCUGGGAAAAACCACAGAGGUGGCACGUCAUAAUGUCUCACGUCUGGUCGAAGUUGAACCCGAAAAGAGUGGCUGGGAGCUUCUCUCCAAUAUUCUGAUGGCGACAAUUCGUAUCAGCAGUAAUGAACCAUAUGUUCGUGUGGCCGCCGCUCAUUGCCUCAAAGACAUGCUUGUACUUACUGCUCUCUUUGUCGAAGCAGACGGACAGAUCCCUUCGGCCAACAUCAGGUCUCGUAGUCUGAUAGCUUUAUCUCAAAUGAUUCGCAGCCUCUAUAAUUCCAGCGACACGUCAAAGGUCUCAACACAAAGCGAAAUCGCCAUUCAUCGGUCGGUCUUGGACGGAUUGCGGGCCAUUCUAGACCACUGCGGUGACUCCUUAAAAGAAGGGUGGUCAGAAGUCUUUUCGAUCACCCUCAGCAUCUUUCAGUGUCAUUCUCCUCCUCCUACCCCCAAUGCAAGUCGGAGCCUCGAUAUCCAGCCGCAUUCUCCAGCACUCAUUCGGGCGUCCUUUAGCUCUGUAGAAUUGAUAUGCUCCGACUUUCUCUCCUCCGUCCCACAUUCAAAUCUAUCGCAACUUCUCGAUACUCUUUAUCAUUUCGCAGCACAAUCCUACGAUCUGAAUAUCUCCCUGACUACCGCUACAUUUUUCCGUGCCACCUCGGAGUAUAUCUUGCAAGAUACUCAGACUCUUGAAAUAGAUGAUCAAUAUACGCAGGGUCUGACCUUACUGAUCAGACGAAGCCACGGAAAUCCUACAACACCACUCUUGUGGCUCUCCUCUCUAGCUUAUCUAGUUAAUUUGACCCGUGAUACUAGGUUGGAAGCCCGACAUAAUAGUGUUUACACUAUAUUCAGAAUUUUGGAAUCUCAAAAUGGCAAAGUCUCUGAGGGUAGUGUCCCAUACUUAUACGACAUGAUUAUUAAGCCGAUGCUUCGAAUUAAUCAAGAAGAGUUCAAAGAAGCCCCUUCCGACAAUGACAGCGAAAGUGCGACCGCCUCCGAUUGGAACAAAACCGCAGUCCUCCUUUUAGAAGGCGCAGUCAGGCUUUUCUCACAGUGGCUUGACAUAGAUAAAACCGACCACGAUUUGGCAGUCAGGACACAUGACCUAUUGUGUCGCUUGGAGGAAUAUCUGGCUCGACAAGCUCUGAGCGUCAGCAAAGCUGUUUUUGGGAGUAUGACAAAUCUGUUGUCCGAGUUCGAGCAAAUUGAGCAAGUCGAGGAUAACGUGAUUGAUAAAGUAUGGGAAUUGUGGCGUGACCAUAGUCCUGCCUAUCAUGAUGGCCCAGGAGUGCGACUUGGGGACAAUAAUGAGGCUCUCCUUGCGCAUUUGUAUUGUCUAGGCCAGCUAUUGCGGCUGACAAGUCAGCGACUUGAUCAAGAGAAGGUGGCUGAGAUUCUCAGUAUUUUACUGACAACCAUCCGCAGCGCAAGCGCGCCUGCAUAUAGUACGGACAUAGAUGUAAUGACCCCAGUCCAGAAAGCCGUCCUAGAGAGUCUGAAGAUGCUCCCGAAGAUAGACGACAAGACCGAUUUAUUGAUCUUGGAGUCGUUUAAGUCACUGGCCAACCUAGCAUAUGAUUCGGGGCUAAGCGAUGAUUCGCCCCAAGGAACAUAUGUAGCAUUGUCGAAGGCUACAAUGAGCAUGGUGGAGACGUUUGUCAUCGAUAGAGUCCAAACUCAAGGCACUCAAACAGACCCAUGGUUGCUCGCAACGGCACUUCAAGCCUUGCAAGAACCACUGCGUCUGAAAUACGGGUGGCGAAAAAUCGGUCGGGAGCCUUCACCCUGGAAAAAAGCGACAGCAGCCAGCGUUACGAUAAUGCAAGCGUCAACUCAAGUCUUUGAUCCAUCGAACAUCGACCCAAGAACCUUUUGGACCGAGUCUGUCACUAUCUUGAAUGGCAUUGUCAGUGCAGAUUGCAAGCUUUGCGAAGGUCAAAGUGACAUCCGCCAAGACGAGGACUUUGACAUCAAAGCAUUUACAGAUGUCAAAGGUCUAAUGACCACAGCUUUGAGCUCGGAGACAGCCAAAGAUGAGCUUCGUCGCACCUACGUCGAGUCUAUAUUUCAAAACUCACUAAUCCAUGAGCCACACCCCGAUGACUUAGCCCGACCUGGUGAGGAGCUACUCUCGGGAUUGAAGUACGAUGGACACUUUGGCCGUGUCAAUGAUUUACACCCUUCACCGCGAUCAAAGAUGAGUUAUCUUCUCCUAGACGAACUAUUUGAGCUUGUGUCUGUGAGCGACUCGCCAGAUCGGAAGAGGGUCGCAAAAGCAGCGGGACCAUAUUUCAUCCUACGAAUUGGGUUGACUUUGAAGACCUAUAUCUUCGAUCAACCUCUUCGAGGAGAGAUGCCGCAGCCGCGAAGCCAAGAGAACGAGAUGUACCAUAUCUUGAAGAAGUUGGUGGAGCUGAAAAGCGAGGCUGAGGCUAUACCAGCAGGAACAAGCGUGAGGUCAAAGCAUAGAAGGCAUCUGCAUGUGUUGUACCCAUUUUUGCUCCGAGCUUUGAAAGCGGCUUGGAGAGAUGAGAAGAUGACUGAUGCUAUUAGGAAAGUGCUGGAGGCUGUUGGGGAUGACUUUGAGAUAUGA